CCUACCCUAAGAGACAGUUCCAUUCGAAUCCAGACACUCUAAUCUACAUAUAUCAUUAUCAGACAUCUGCCGGGACUAAGCCUUUAUUAAGAUAAACAAAGACAAUCACGCUUGACAUAAAGAAAAUAUUAUCUUUUGUGAAGGUUGCCUAACAAGUACAUCUGCUGUGCAACAAAUUUCGGGGAACUUAAUAUCGAGAUCCAUUGAGUUCAUAUGAGGCAAUUAAAAUAUACGGCUCCAUUCACACAUUCCGCCCCCGCCUAAAUCUACACCACUGCCGCCAGCGGGAACUUUUCCAUUGAGAGUGAAGCGGAUUUUGUUUUCCUCAUUGGCAGGCGUAAAUGAUAAUGACAAUGUUAUUAAUAAAACCCAAAGAGCUCUGUCGGAACCGUUAAUUAAUGGAAUCGUCACUAUCACAUCAUUGUUAAACAACAAUAAAACAAAUAAAGGUCCUAGAAAUAAUCUAGCAAAGUGACAAACAAUUCGCACCGUCCAUUUAUAAUAAGGCAAUCAAUAAAUCGCAUAACCAGACGCUUAUUAAACCUGUAGCUGAGUAAACAUGGUUUAUUAUUCCAUUGGAGAGAGAAGGCCUCUGCUAAUCCACGUAGUUAAAAAUCCGCUCAGGAAAUUAGCCUCAAGAGGAUUGGGCGCUCGCCACUGGCAGGCAAUCCUCCUGUUUGUGGGUAUGAUGAUCAACUACUUUCAGCGGGUCAACAUCUCGGCUGGCAUUGUUCCCAUGACUCAAUCCACCGCUGGCGCUCCUUUUUACAAUUGGGAUACGUCGCAAAAGUCCUUGAUCCUCAGCAGCUUUUUCUGGGGCUAUGUGCUGUCACAGGUGCCAGCAGGUCUGCUGGCCAGGCGAUUUGGCGCCAAGGUAGUCCUGGGCUCUGCCACGGCAACUGGCGGCAUCUUGUGCUUCUUCCAUCCCAUGGCAGCCAAUAGUGGUUGGGAGAGUAUUUGUGCCCUACGAGUCCUCACCGGACUAGUCCAGGGAUCGGUAUAUCCUUGUGUUCACACCCUUCUGGCCAAAUGGGUGCCGCGCACGGAGCGUGGAUUGCUCACAACUGGCGUCUAUUCGGGAGCACAGUUCGGAACGGCUGUUAUCUUGGUCACCAGCGGCUUUAUCUUUGAGUCCACCAUAGGGUGGCCGGGAUUGUUCUACCUGUCCGGCGGUCUGAGCCUGGCCUGGGCCCUGCUUUUCUUUUGGCAGGCGGCUAAUGAACCCUCAACGGCCAGCAGGAUCAGGAAAUGCGAAAAGGAAUACAUCGAGAGCCUUACGGGCAGCAAUAGUGCGAAUCAGUCAAUGCCCGUGCCCUGGAUGUCAAUCUUUAAUUCUCCAGCAUUCUAUGGUCUACUUGCAGCCCAUUGUGGGUUCACCUGGGGCUUCUACACGCUGCUCACGGAAAUGCCAACUUAUUUGAGCAGUGUCCUGCAGCUGAACGUCAAGUCCAAUGCCUUCCUCUCCUCGUUGCCGUACUUCGCCAUGGGUUUGCUGUGCUUUGUGGUCAGUCCCAUUUCGGAUUUGCUUAUCAACCGGGGCACUAUAUCGAUCACCACGGCCCGGAAGCUCUUUAACUCAAUAGGACAGUGGGGACCGAUGGCCUGUUUGAUUGGACUGGGAUACAUGACGGCCGACGAGAAGACGUGGGCCAUCCUUCUCCUUACGCUGGCGGUGGGCAUCAAUGCGGGUUGCUCAUGCGGCUACCUGAUCAAUCACAUUGAUCUGUCCCCCAACUUUGCCGGUCCUAUGAUGGGAGUCACCAACGGGAUUGCUGGAGUUACCUCCAUUGUGGCUCCUCUAGUUGUCGGUGCGAUUAUAUCGGAUGAGGAGGAUCCCAGCCAGUGGCGAAUGGUGUUCUUCAUCACGGGAGGAAUUUACCUGGUGUGCAACACUCUCUUCGUGAUAUUUGGCAAGGCCACCAUUCAGCUGUGGAACGAGCCGCCAUCCACGUCUAGCACAAUGACGCUGCGCAGUAACCUGGAAAACGACUCAAGGUCCAUUGCUCCCACGUCGGACAAAGACAAUCGGUUUUGAAGCUUAGCCAGAACCAGGACCACAUUGACAAUCUCGUUAAUUGUAGUAAUGAUAAGUUAUUAUUAAAGCUUGCCGUCUGUGCCAGCGAUUUUCGGAAAUGCCUAGCUCUAACUUAA